AUGUCCUCAGCCGGGGGCUUGACUCGCCGGAGAGGCGGUGGUCGGGCCGGUGGCGCAGACGACAACGAUGACAGCAGGGUUUCUUCGCCCAUAUCCCGGAAUGGCUCUGCAUUGGAUCAUCGAGGACCGGAGACGUCGUUCACGAGCGGGGAAAAUGGCCAUAAGAUCGUGUUCGACCCCAGAGAUCUCAGUGAGACCGAAGAACGAAGCAAGCAACCGAAGUUGACUUUGAUGGAGGAUAUACUCUUACUAGGAUUGAAGGAUAAACAGGGGUAUCUAUCGUUCUGGAAUGAAAACAUCUCCUACGCCUUGCGAGGAUGCAUUGUCAUUGAGCUGGCGCUCCGCGGUCGGAUAAGCAUGCAAAAGGAUUCCUCCCGACGACGGUUCCCACUCGCCGAUCGGGUCAUCGAGGUCGUUGAUGAUACAUUGACCGGGGAAGUCUUGCUGGACGAGGCCCUGAAGAUGAUGAAAUCAAGUGAAAAGAUGAGCGUCAAUGAAUGGAUCGAUCUGAUGAGCGGUGAAACAUGGAACUUGAUGAAGAUUGGUUAUCAGCUGAAGCAGGUGCGCGAGCGGCUCGCAAAGGGUCUGGUCGACAAGGGCAUCCUCCGUACCGAAAAGCGCAACUUCCUCCUCUUCGAUAUGGCCACGCAUCCGGUCGCCGACGGAGGCGCCAAAGAUGACCUCCACCGUCGCGUGCGCGCCAUCUGCAGCAACCGCACAGUGAUCCUUCCUGCCAACACGUGGUUACCCGAGGAUGCCGAGUACCGUUAUCUCCGCUCGAUUAUCAUGGUAUGUGCGGCGUAUGCGGCCAACGUGCUGGAGAACGCUCUGGUCACGAUGAGCCACGAGGCUCGCGAAAGAGCCUUUGCGCAGGUAGACGAGCUGUUGGCAGAAUAUUCUCAAUGGCCAUUUGCCCGGAGGGCUGGUGGCUCGCAAGCUAUUGGUGCCAACUUGGCCCAGGCCAUCAAUGAUGAAGUGAACAAGAGCGCGGAUCGAGAGCUUCAGAUGGAGAUUGUUGCUGCAUGUUUGAGCGUGUUUACAAGACUUGAUUCCUUACUGUAG